UGCUUUGGGAGGCGGUGUCGUUUAGCGCCUGCCCUCUCCUGCCACUUCAUAAAGCAAGAAGAGAAUUGGAUCGAAACCAAUCUGGAUAAUAUGAGAACGCGACAACCUAGUGGGAAGCUUUAGUAGCAGCCUAUCCAGCGACCUACAUUUCUGGAAGGACAGAAAAGGAGGUUUGGAUUAAAUUCUGGUUGCCGCCUUCACAGAAAAACGACAACAAGGAGCGAAGUGGUUGUUUCCUAGCUACUUUAGCUUGUGUGCUAACAUCACCGGUCCGGCUAGAGGUUGUCUCACAGCUGGGUAGUUUGUGCAAAACGGCUAGCAAGUCUGCUCCCGAGUAAUAUAACUCUCAUUUAACAUUUCACAAUGGGGUCCAGAGCGUCCACGUUACUGAGAGAGGAAGAAAUCGAAGAAAUAAAGAAGGAGACUGGCUUCUCUCACAGUCAGAUAACUCGCCUGUACAGCCGCUUCACCAGUCUGGAUAAAGGUGAAAAUGGCACCCUCAGUCGAGAAGAUUUCCAGAGGAUCCCUGAGCUGGCUAUCAACCCUCUGGGAGACAGAAUCAUCAAUGCAUUCUUUCCUGAGGGAGAGGACCAGGUGAACUUCAGAGGCUUCAUGCGGACCUUGGCUCACUUCAGACCAAUCGAGGACAAUGAGAAGAACAAGAAUCCCACUGCUAGCGAACCUCUGAACAGCAGGACAAACAAGCUGCUGUUUGCUUUCCAUUUGUAUGACCUGGACAGAGAUGACAAGAUUUCUCGAGAUGAGCUGCUGCAGGUCUUGCGGAUGAUGGUUGGUGUAAAUAUUUCAGACGAGCAGCUCGGCAGCAUUGCUGACAGGACCAUUCAGGAGGCUGACACAAAUGGAGACAACUCCAUUUCCUUCAAUGAAUUCAUAAAGGUCUUGGAAAAGGUGGAUGUGGAACAGAAAAUGAGCAUCCGGUUCUUGCACUAGGUUUCUUUUUAUUUCACUUUGAAUAGAGCUUCAUCAUGUUGAGUCAGGGCACAACCCCAUCAAGCUUCUCAGCAGGCUGCUGUGGCCCACGCUACAAGUGAAUAAUGUCACAUUAAGCAUUUGGUAGAUAAUGUCAUAGAUCCUUUCUGCUUUUGCACUACUCUGUAAACAGCUCUGUGUGCCAUGGCACUAUGUAUAGUUUUUCCCAAUAAUGGAACAUUAUUUAUUAGAAAAAAAAAUGAAGAGGGCCACAGUUAGUCCCACUGCUGUUCCUACAGCUCACACUUUUUGUUUUAUAUCAGAGUUCAUUUCAAGAACACCCUCCAGCUGCACACAAGUGCUGGAAAUACAACUCUUGCCAUUUGUAUUAAUAAUUAUGUGAUUGUCAAUCAGAUAUGAUCCAAAUGUUAUGUGAUGUUGGUCUAGGUAUUAUGAAAAUGAUAUGAAUAAAGUGCCAUGCAUGAUUAGUGUCA